CGGGGAAUCCACCAUAUCGCGUGUGCCUUUUCCUUCUCUCUCGUCUUGUCUUCGGUCGUAGCUGCUCCUUGUUCGAUUUCGUUCACCCGUUACAUUCUUUCUCCUAGUCCAUUCGCUCAUACGCAGACGUCACAAUGGUCAACAUUCCCUCCCCCAAAGAUGCCUCCAAGGACUACAAGAAGGAGUCUACCACGGCCAGAAUCCUCGGUGCUGGUUCCGCUGGCAUCGCCGAGCUCGCCGUCUUCCACCCCGUCGACACCAUCGCCAAACGUCUCAUGAGCAACCAGGGCAAGAUUGCCAAUGUCGCUCAGUUCAGCUCCGUCAUCUUCAAGGACAAGGCCACUGCUCCUCUCGGCACUCGUUUCUUCUCCCUCUUCCCUGGUCUCGGCUAUGCCGCUGCCUACAAGGUCAUGCAGCGCGUCUACAAGUACGGUGGUCAGCCCUUCAUGCGUGACUACCUGGCCAAGAACCACGGCGACUUCUUCGACGGUACUUUCGGCAAGGGUAACGGCAAGGCCAUUAUGCACGCCACUGCUGGCAGUUUGAUCGGUAUCGGUGAAAUCGUCAUCCUCCCUCUCGACGUCCUCAAGAUCAAGCGUCAAACGAACCCUGAGGCUUUCCGUGGCCGUGGUCUCUUCAAAAUUAUCGCAGACGAAGGCUUCGGUCUUUACAGAGGUUGGGGCUGGACUGCCGCCCGUAACGCUCCCGGUUCUUUCGCUCUUUUCGGUGGUAGCGCUGCUGCCAAGGAAUACUUUUACAAGCUCUCCGACUACAACAGUGCCACCUGGUUCCAGAACUUCGUCGCAUCCAUUGCUGGUGCCUCUGCAUCUCUCGUCGUCUCUGCUCCUCUCGAUGUCGUCAAGACCCGUAUCCAGAACCGCAACUUCGAGGCCAAGGAGUCUGGUUUCCGUAUCAUCUCCAACAUGGCCAAACACGAGGGCAUGACUUCCUUCUUCAAGGGUCUUACUCCCAAGCUCCUCAUGACCGGCCCCAAGCUCGUUUUCAGUUUCUGGCUGGCUCAGACUCUUAUCCCCGCCUUCAACAAGAUGCUCUAGACGAUUUGGUUGCCAUGAUGUGAGGGUUUAUGCAAAGCGGAGAGCGAUCUUUUAAUAGCUGCAUCGGCUGCAGGGGCAGUGCGAUCGGGUGUAUUUAUGGGAAUUUUGUAACGGCCAGCCAAAUGCUUUGAAUUGUAACAUAGAAAAAGGACGGCGCAUGAUGGAAAUGAUACCUC